AGCCUCUCUCGCUCCCUCUCUCUGAACAGCUGACAGCAGAAGAAGAAGGCCAGCUGGUCUAUUUAUAGCAGAGUCCCUCAGAGUCUCAGACCUGAUCCGUCACAGUCCUGCAGUCUGUGCUGAACACCAUAGCACCUCCAACACUUCAGGACCGUCCGCCGUCAUGCCCGGCAAUCAGGCUCGGAGCCGGGCCAGGGACCGGAACAACGUCCUGAACCGGCCCGAGUUUCUGUCCCUGAACCAGCCUCCCCGCAGGGAGCAAGGGGCGGGGGAGGGGCGAGGGAGCGGGGGUCCGAGGAGAGCCGCGUUCAGACAGCACAGUCAGCAGGAGGACCCAGGAGUGAGGUAAGGCUCAGAGGCUUGGCCCACUGAAAUCACAGCUCACAUUUAGAGUCAGACACAUUCAGUGAUCCUGGACCUGCACAUGAUCCUGAGUCUGAACCUACAGAACUUUACUUUGAAUGUUCAGAGUCCUGGCAGUAUUUAGAGGACUAGAAACUUCAUGAAAACUCAGAACUUUAAAUGUGCUUGAAAUCGUUGUAUUGCUUACAUAAGCAGCUCUUUGAGAAACAUGUUUAAUAAUUCUCUGUUCCUUAUUCUUUAGAAUAGCACUAACUUUAUAUAGACACUGUGAUAAUUUGGACCCAGGAGGACGACAGUGUGAUUAUUUAAAACAUUCAAAAUAGUAUCAACAAAGUAUCUUGACUAAAAACCAAUAUAGAUGUUCUGACCCGUUUCACAUAUUUUAGAGUUAAAAUGACUUAAAAGCUUUUAAUAUAAAAUCGUUUUACAUUUUGAGUCUGUACCACGCACUGCCAUAUUUUCUUAGCUUUUGUCCCCAUGUCCUCAGGGGGUCGAGAGACUCCUCAGAGGGGGCCUCAGGAUCUGAAGGGGCCGUAAAGGAGGACUGUAUGCAGCUGAAUCCUUCGUUUCGAGGGAUUGCCAUCAACUCUCUGCUAGCCAUCGACAUCAGCCUGUCGAAGCGUCUGGGUAUAUGUGCGAGAGCCCAUGGUUCAGGGGCCCCCCUGCGGUCCAUGGUGAGCCUUCUGGCCCUCACUGGACAUGCCUUCACUUGGUUCUUUGGGACUCUGAUCUGUCUGUGGAGGAGCAACACAUUGGCGGGACAAGAAGUCCUCGUCAACCUGCUCUUGGGUAAGAAACCAAAUAUUUAAAACAGGGAAGUUGGGCGUCGGACAUGAUUCUGUCCAACAUGUGACCUGUUUCUCCCCCCUGCAGCCCUGAUCCUAGACCUGAUGACAGUGGCUGGGAUGCAGAAGCUGGUCAAACGCAGAGGACCAUGGGAUUACCCUCCGGGGAUUUUGGAUAUCAUCGCAAUGGACUUGUAUUCUUUCCCAGCAGCCCACGCCAGUCGAGCCGUCAUGGUGUCCAAGUUCCUGCUUAACCAUCUGGUGCUGGCGGUCAGUUGGUUUACUUAUGGUAGUUCUAUGGCCUGUGCUUGAGAAAACAGACUCCUCCUUUACCUUAGUAAUACUGUCUCAUCUGUCCUACAGGUCCCUCUCAGGAUCCUGCUCUACCUCUGGGCACUCUUGGUUGGCAUAUCCCGUGUGCUGCUGGGUAAACAUCACCUGUCUGAUGUGGGUUGUGGUUUUGCUCUCGGUUUCCUGCACUUUAGCCUGGUGGAGUCAGUGUGGUUGGACUCUGCUACUUGCCAGACCCUCAUCUCCAUCGGCACGCUGCGCUGGGCUCCACUCCUCUGAACUGGUUUCGAGAGGUUCAGCUGGGAGUAAGACUUGUCUGUCUGGACUCUGAAGUCCUGCUGAUGCCCAUUUGUAAUGGCACAUAAGGGAUUUUUUUUUUUAACUUGGAUGUAGUUUUUAAGAAUUUGAACGUAAGAGUUUUUGCCUGGACUUUUCUCUUCCCUAGGGCAACAUAUGCUGGAUACUGGAUUUUUACAGUUAAAACUGGUUCUGAAUGAUUCUUCCGCUCGACAGAUGCUGAUUUACUGGCUAAAGCUGAAUUAGAAAGUGCCCCUUCAAAAAACAAGAUGCUGCAUCUCAAGGGGCUAUCCUUAAUAAAAUGAAAUUGAAAAUACUUCACAGCUGCUUUAAUUCUAAUCCCAACCUGAAUGGAUAAAAGCAACAUUAAAAGCUGUGUGAGGAACUUUUGGUUUGUGUUGAUUGUGGCACCCCUUGUGGACAAGAUGGUAAAUCUCAUUGCCUUUUUUUGUUCCCAACAUGUGCAGUCUCAUUUUAAGAUGAACAGGCAGGAACUUUGGCAAAGCAACAAUACCUUAUGUUGAAAAUUAAGCCAGUGUGGAAGUUCUAAAACUGCAGUUCCUCAAGUGUCCCCUGGAGGCUGGCCCCAAAAGCCUGGGAAACCUUAUUAACACCCUUCUUCACAAACCUGUUUUCUACAACAGAAAUAAACAUGUUUACAGCCUGGUAUUAAAAAGGCUUGUGGUGCAAACAGCAACUUUCUCUUUGGAACCCUGAACAAGUUUUUUUUUUUUUUUUUUAAAUAACUCAUUUGUUUUGAAGAUGAUCAGGUAGUCUUUUGCCACACAUGAUAGAGGUUUUAGUUGUUAAAAAGAAAUUAGAAUUGUUCCUCUUUUUUUAUGAAGGUUCCGUUAGCCCCUCUAGGUCAAUUUAAACCCCUGCUCUCAAUUUGUGUUUGCCUCAGAAACAGUUAAAAACUGUUCAUAGGAAUUUGGAGCUAGUUGCACUUUAACAAAGGGUUUGAUGCGGUAACAGUUAGUGUACUACUGUGAGCAUUAUUAAUCAACUACUGCAGUUAACUAAUUUUACGUUAGCCGACUGCUGUAACUGUUAGCUUACAGCUUAAACAGUUACAUCACAGUCAGCUAAAUGCUUAAAGUUACUUAACAGUUACCUCGCCCCUGUCACAGCUUACAGUUUGUUGACUAUUAUGAUGACAAGUUGAAAGAUUAGUGAAAUAUCUGGUUUCUCUGUAGGUGAAAUCCAGUGUUUCAGGUCAAAUAAGCUACUUAUUUUUGCAUCAUCUCAUUAUCUUAACCAAAUUGCAUUUUGUCAAGACUGUCUCCAGUUGUGAAUCUCAGGAAUUUGUAAAGAUGACUGUUAAAAGAAAAAGUACAUGUAUGCAAGGGAUAAGAGCCACCAACUGGUUUUCUUUGUCAAAAUUAAUAUUAGAGUUAAUUAGAGUAGAGGUCAAAAUGUUGACUUUUUUUCUUCAGUUUGUAAAGUCAGAAUUCAGAGAAAAGGUUAAAAAUAAUCAAUUUUCUGACAUUUUUUUUAGUCCCAGAAUUCUGAGUUUAAUGUCGGAGUUUUGAGAAAAGUCGGGUUGGGAAUGGUUCUCAAUUGGAUUCAAUUUCAGAAUUCUUUGAAAAAGUAAAAAAACUCAGAAAUCAGAUUAAAGUAAGCAUUCUGGCUUUUCCCACAAAUUGUUAAAAGUCGUUAUUCCAAACAAAAAAGUCCAAAUAAAUUCACAACAUAAAUUUUCGGACUUUUUGUCUAAUCCCAGAAUUCUGAGUUUUAAAGCAGAAUCAUUUCUUUUCCUUUAAGUUUUUUCCAUACAAAUCUGGGUUUAAAGUCAGAUUUUUUUCUAUUCUUAAAAUUCAAAAAAUUAAGGCAGAAUUCUGACUUUUUUUAUCACAAUUUUGAGUCUCGAGAUGAAAUUCCAAGAAAAAGUGAAAGUAAAUCCAUAUUGACUUUUUUUCCUAAUUCCAGAAUUCUAAAUUUUAAAGUCAAGAGUUCCAAGAAGUCAGAAUUCUACGGCUAUGUUCACACUGCAGGUUAUAAUGCACAAUUCGGAUUUUGUGUUAAAUCCGAUCUUUUUGUGCAGUCGUUCACAUUACAACAACGAAUGCAGCAUCUAAUUUGAACGGAAUGCGUCCGUGAAGUGACCUGCAUGCAAAUUGCUUUCCGCACCUGUUUGUGUUGUUGAACAAUGGUGACGUUUGUCGCAUGUUGAUGAUGUAUAGGUUGGAUGAACGCGACCUAUACGUCCACACUGCAGUCACACCAGAUACAGAUCCGAUUUAUAUCCACAUACAAAAGAGGCCUGGGGCAGAUUUUAAAAAAAUCGGAAUUGCACUGUUCACACUUACAUGAAAAAAUCUGAUAUGUGUCACAUAUGGUUAAAAAAUUGGAAUUGACCUGCAGUGUGAACAUAGCCUAAUUUCUUUGAGAAUUCGGACACUUAAGUUAUAAUUCUGCUUUGAUUUCAGACUUCUGAGAAAAAAAGGCAGAAUUCUGACUUUUUUCAACAUCAGAAUAAGUCAGUUGGAAAAAAGUGUGACCUCAAUUUCUUUGUCGCCCUUAUUCUUCUCAGGAGUAUGUCAGUUUGUUAAACUUUUCAGAUUUUUUUCCUUUUCUUUAAAUCAAUUUUGUAAAGUCAGUGCUGUGGUGUGACUGACUGAUGCUUCAAGGGAAAAUCAGGACAGGAGUUUAAGUUCACUUCUGAGGAUCUGUGAAGAAAAUGACAGCAGAAAAAAUGAGAAAAGACGGGAGAAGAAUGUUUGAUCUCUGUAACAGUUUUGUUUAAAAGAAUUAAAAACUUUUUCAUGUGUCUGUA